UUUCAUUUCAUCAGAAACAGAGUGAGGGAGACGAGUAGCAGAGCAUAAGCAGUACCCCUACCAGGAGGACGAAGACGAGAUGCCGUGCCUCAACAUCUCCACCAACGUCAGCCUCGAUGGCAUCGACACCUCUGCCAUCCUCAGCGAGGCCACCUCCUCCGUCGCCAAGAUCAUCGGCAAGCCCGAGGCCUAUGUGAUGAUUGUGUUGAAGGGAUCUGUGCCAAUGGCUUUUGGAGGGACCGAACAGCCCGCAGCCUAUGGAGAACUGGUGUCAAUUGGAGGUCUCAACGCCGAUGUGAACAAGAAGCUGAGCGCUGCAAUUGCUGCGAUUCUUGAGACCAAGCUCUCUAUUCCCAAGUCGCGGUUCUUCCUGAAAUUCUACGAUACCAAGGCCCACCAAAUCCAAGAGUAUGCUCAGUGUUUGCAUGCUAUACACCAGUCAUAGAUCGUGCAAUUGACCCUUACUGGCUCCUUCUUCGGAUGGAACGGAUCCACCUUCUAGAUGCUGUGCAAGGCAUCCCGAAAGACAUAAGACUGGGGAAUCUGCUUUAGAUUUUAAUUCUCUCUGUUCCCUCCGUAAGUUAAUUACCUUAAUGCAAGGGAAGCAGACAUCAUCCGUUUCCACCUUAUGAUUGAUUAGUUCUAGUAAUAUGUGGAACCGUGAAACGGCUUAUGACUAUAUACAAUAUGAUUCCCCCGGAAUAUGCCUAUUGCUAUCGUGCUAUGCCCUAUCUCUUUAAGCC